GUGCCUGACUCGGAGUCAGUGUCGUCGAUGGAGGUCGCAGGUGGGCAAAAUGGCCAGCGCCCCGACACGGGCAGGCUGCAGGCCAAUAAGCGCUUAGCUCGAGGCAACAAGGCCUCACAUCGCAAGCGUCGCGUGGGUGGUGCGUACCAAGCCCACGUGAUGAACCAAGCAGCUGCGGCCCUGGGGCGCUUGCAGGAAGAGGUGUCGGCACUCCGACAGCGCAUGGUGGCCAUGGAGAACUCCCCGCUGAUCGCGGAUGUGGAGCGAGGCAAGAGUGGACUCUGCGAAGACAAUGGCAUUCACAAAGGCUUGCUGAGACGAAAGGUUCAACAUGCCUUUGGCCAUGAGAGCAAUCCAAAGUUCGCAGAGCACGCAGAGCACGCCUUUCGUGGAGCCUGUGCGUUGGUCUUUUUCGCCAUCCCCUUGCUGAUGCCCAAAGGUGUCCUACCCUUGCGGGACUACCUCAUUGAUCUUGGUGUUUACAACAGCGGCGUGUGCCUCUUUAUCAUUUUUAACCUUGGCAGCAGCUUUGGUCAGGCCUUCAACUCGUGUCGAAGUGGUCUGCAGGGAAGUUUGAUGGCAGCCAUGUUGGGCUGGAUGAUGUACACCAUUUUUCCAGAUGGAGUCCAAGAGAGUCUGGACAAUCCGGAGCUGGCCUUCUGGGGCGGAGUGGUGGUGGGCGCCAUCUUCGUCAGUCUGCUGAUCUGCCUGAAGUUUUCCAUCUCCCUGCAGAUGUUCGCGCUGAGCGGCUUCGCAGGGACCUGGAUGCAAUUUCUGGAUGCCUCCCAGGAGGCGAACAUCAUUCCACCCUGGCGACCGGGGUGGUCCAUUGGGAAGGAUGUCCUGACGCAAAGCUUUGCAUGCACUGGUAUUGGCAUGUUGGCGGUGAUGCUGGCAUCCCUUUUGCCCUAUCCUCGCUGGUCCUUGACCUUUGUGACGGAAAAUCAGCUCCAUGCCAACGUGCAGAUGGUCAAAGUCAUGCGCACUGUAGUGGACUACUAUGCUCUGGACAAACCCAACAAGUACAUCAAGGAUCAAGUCAUUCGAAGGCUGGGGCAUCUGAAGGGUCUGACCCACGAGAACCAGCCGCUCUUGGCUGCGGCCUGGUGGGAGUGCUAUGGCUUUGGCUCCUCACAGGUGAAACGCCGAGUACUGGCGCAGAUGGACAACAUCACAACAAGCAUUUUUGAUAUCAUUUGGAAUGCCUGGCAAGAAACCGUUGCAGAAGACUUCGGGGAGAAAGACGGACACUUGAUCCGUCAGAUGAAGCCAUACAUGGAUGCACUUCUCAAGUCCAUGGAAGUGACGCUGCAAAUGUUGGUGAAGGCGGCCUCCGACGGCUCGCUGACGCCGGCCGAAGUGCUGGCGUUGAAGAUGAGCUUCGAAGACAUCGACAAGAAAGAUAAAGCGUUGGUGGACUUCUUCCGCAAAGCGCGGAAGGACGUGACCAAAGGUAGCCCAGAGGUGAUCUACAAGGAAGUCCGGAUCGCCCAUGUCCUGCUCUACAGUUUCUGCGAGGUCGUUGGGAAGACCAAGAGCCUUGCAGAUAAGGUGCACCAAGAGAUGUCAAGAAGUGACUUCAAGUUGCCGCCGCCUCCAGAGUUGGAUGGCUUCAAAUCCAUCUUUACAGGCCUCACCGAGAAGACCCACAUGGUCUAUGCCGCGCGCGGCCUGGUGGCCUUCUUCGGUUCCUUCAUCCUGGGCUGGUUCGGCUUCCGUGAUGUAUUUCCUCCAUACACGGCUGGCAUCGCCAGCACCGUGCCCUUCCUCAUCACCAUGUAUGUGGGCUCCGCUCUGGUCAGCGACUUGAAUCGAAUCCAAGGUUUGAUGUUGGGAUAUGUCAUGGCACCGAUCUUGGCGAGUUUGACCUCCACCUGCGAGCCCGUGGACCUCAUGAUUCACUUGUUCAUCACCUUUGUUUGGGUCUUCUUGGGCGUUUUUGUGCGCGAGAGUUCUCCCACCUUUUCCUCGAUUGGCUCGAUGGCGGCAGCCUUCGGUGCUUCUACGCUGCUGGCGAAGAACUGCAGCGAUCCAAGCAUCAAGAAGGCGGACAUUUUCGAGAGCUUGGCUCUGAACUGCAUCGCGGUGCUGAUGACCACCCUGGUAAACCUGGGCAUUCCCGCGGAGAACGCCUCGGAUUUGGCCGUGCAGAACCUGGAGACCUGCUGGUCGUUGCUGAAGAAAAGCAUCCAUGAGCUUUACGAUCCCAACAUCAAAACAGUGACGUUCCGAGCUAGCGAGGCGCAGCUGGCGCUGCAGAAGGCCCGCGAGAUGGGCAACGAGGCAUCGUCCGAGCCGCGGCUCUGGCGGAUGCCCUGGAAGACGAGUCUGUGGGAGGCCGUGCUGGAUGAUACAGCACACAUGGUGGCAACCCUGUCGACCAUGGAGCAUGCGGUGGUGGUUGGUGGCGAAGUGAGUGGUCCAAAAAAGGAGUCUCUUUGGAAGCUGAUGCAACAGAGCCAUCUUUUCAGGCACUCGGCGCAAAACACCGUGCUGAAGAAGAUGGAUGUGGGAACCAAGCUAAUCGGCAUCUUCAAGCACGCGACUGCACAAAGAUAUCCGGCUCUGAGUGACAAGGACGUCUACAAAACCUAUGAGGAGGAGGAUGCCCUGGCCGAACAAGAGUUUGUCUCUAAGGACUUGGGAAAGAUCUUCGGUGAGGAGAAUGACCGGGAGACCAACUCGGUCAGGGACGACGACAUGGCAGUGAUGGCGACUGCCUUAGCCAACCUCAGCAGGAUGAAGGAACAGCUCCGCUGCGUUCAACACCGGAUCUUGCAGAACUCCUAUGACGAGUGA